AUGUUUUCCAACGAUCUCCAUCCGGUCAAAAUUGCCAUCAUUGGUGCAGGCAAUGUCGGGGCUUCUACCGGUUACGCUCUUCUUUUGAGUGGUCUCGCGGCCGAAAUCGUCCUGAUCGACCUUAAUCGAGACAAGGCGGAAGGCGAGGUAAUGGACCUGAACCAUGCAGCUCCCUUCACGCAUCAAACCAAGAUUACAUGCGGCAAUUAUGAAGAUUGUGCUGGGGCAGCGAUUGUCAUUAUCACUGCUGGGGCAAACCAGAAGCCUGGACAAUCACGGUUGGAUCUCUUACGGAUCAAUGCCAAAAUUAUCGAGGACAUCGUUCCAAAGGUUACGCAGAACGCCCCGUCCACUAUCCUUCUGGUAGCGAGCAACCCAGUUGAUGUGUUGACCUACCGGAGUUGGAAACUGUCUGGGUUUCCACAGAGCCGUGUCCUCGGAUCCGGUACCGUUCUUGACACCGGACGCUUGCGCUAUACUCUAGGCCAACGACUGAAUGUUGACCCGAGUAACAUUCAUGCAGAUGUUGUGGGGGAGCAUGGUGAUAGCGAACUGCCAGUGUGGUCGCGGGCCAAUAUAUCAGGAAACCCCUUAGCUGAGUUUUACCAGACCACAGGCGAAGACGUUCAACAGAUCAUGAAAGAAUCAUUCCAGGAGACCAAAAAUGCCGCUUAUGAGAUAAUCAACAAGAAAGGCAUGACGGACUUUGGUAUCUCUGCCGGCUUGGUGAGGAUUGUGGAGGCCAUACUAAGGGACGAGAACACACUUAUGACGGUUUCAACGGCGGGAACUUUUGCAGGUGUGCAGGACGUUGCGCUGAGCAUGCCAAAGAAGGUCAAUCGAACUGGAGCCCACCAUGUCAUCGACAUCAAAUUGGCCCCAGAAGAAGGUCAGGCGCUAGAGAAGUCGGCGCACACUAUUAAAGCUAGCCUAGACUCUUUGAACGAGUAG